UUUUAUGGUGCGGAAAUAGCGGUUGGUUUAUUUUUCCUGCAUUCGCAAGGUAUUAUCUACCGCGAUCUGAAACUCGACAACGUCAUGCUGGACACUAACGGUCAUAUCAAAAUCACUGAUUUCGGUAUGUGCAAGGAAAAUAUCACUGGUGAUGCAACUACCAAAACGUUUUGUGGCACACCUGACUAUAUCGCUCCUGAAGUAAGCCUUGCACUUUGUUGCCUGUUUCUGUGUGUCAUUUUUUUCCCUGUCAGUUGA